AAAUAUUUAGCCCUCCAUCUUUAGGACCCUACCCUUAGUCCUUUGAUGGCUCUCCUAAUCCUCAACUACCUUCUUCUCCUCUUCUUCUUCCACUCCUCCAUUGCUCAACCUUCUCCUGGCUUCUUUCCAAGCUCCAAGUUCAAACAACUCACUUUCUCUCAAGCCUACAACAACCUCUGGGGUCCUCAACACCAAUCUCUCUCCCAAGACCAAUCCUCCCUAACCAUUUGGCUUGAUAAAUCUUCAGGUAGUGGAUUCAAGUCUCUACAACCAUACCGUAACGGAUACUUUUCAGCUUCCAUCAAAGUCCAAUCCGGUUAUACUGCUGGUGUAAACAAUGCCUUUUAUCUGUCUAAUAAUCAAGCUUAUCCCGGAAACCAUGAUGAAGUCGAUAUCGAGUUACUCGGUACUACACCGGGAAAACCAUAUACAUUGCAAACGAAUGUGUAUGUUCAAGGAAGCGGAGAUCGAAGAAUCAUCGGUAGGGAAAUGAAAUUUCAUUUAUGGUUCGAUCCUACUACCGAUUUCCAUAAUUAUGCGAUCCUUUGGAACCCCGAUGAAAUCAUAUUUUUUGUCGAUGAUAUACCAAUAAGGAGAUACGCGAGAAAGACUGAAGCAACAUUCCCGCAAAGACCAAUGUGGGUGUAUGGCUCGAUUUGGGACGCGUCACCGUGGGCGACGGAAGAUGGGAAGUACAAAGUCGAUUACCAAUACCAACCAUUCAUUGCAAAAUUCAGCAAGUUCAUGAUCGGAGGUUGCUCGGCUUAUGCUCCAUCAUCGUGCCGGCCGGUCUCUGCAUCGCCUUCCGGCACGGGAUUGAGCACACAACAGUACAUGGCCAUGAAAUGGGCUCAAUCAAACCAUAUGGUCUAUGAUUACUGCAGGGACUCUGGUAGAGACCAUUCACUCACACCAGAGUGUUGAUCACAUGAACUUAAUUUGAAGUACUGUGGUCUUUGGUUUGGUGUUGUUUGUGUGUUGGUGUGGCUGCCCUACUACUCAAUGUUGUGUAGUUGAGGCGUUUGGUUUCUAUAAUUGAGAAGAAGUUGGUCCAUGUAGACCAUGUAAUUAUUGUUUGGGUUUGGAUUUUAUUGUCACAAAAAAGAAUAAUUAGAAAAGAAAGGUGUGUGUGAUUAAUUGGAUAAAGUGGUAGGUGAAGUCCCACCUUCUUGUCCAAUUGUUUAUGGUCAUUUGUGUUAAAGAAGGAUCUUUAAAAUUUGUGUGUUUUUUUAUUAAUAUAUA